AUCGUUGCACAGAGUGGGCGGAUAAUAGCUGAGCCUAUCUAGCUAUACAUUUAUAUCUGCAUCGUUGCGCCACAUAACAAGGCGAAAUCAGCUAACUACAAUGCUAGGACAAAGGGAUUCAUAAAGGACCUAUAUCUAUAAGGUUAUCACCAUGGAGUCCUACGAUAUAAUAGCAAAUCAGCCAGUGGUUAUUGAUAAUGGCUCCGGUGUUGUUAAAGCUGGUUUUGCAGGAGACCAGAUCCCCAAAUACUGCUUCCCAAACUAUGUGGGUCGUCCAAAGCAUGUUCGGGUGAUGGCAGGUGCUCUGGAAGGAGAUCUGUUCAUUGGCCCAAAAGCAGAGGAACACAGGGGGCUCCUGUCUGUGCGGUACCCAAUGGAGCACGGUAUUGUGAAGGACUGGAAUGACAUGGAGCGCAUCUGGCAAUAUGUGUACUCUAAGGAGCAACUACAGACCUUCUCUGAAGAGCAUCCUGUGCUGCUAACAGAGGCCCCCUUGAACCCAAGUAAAAACCGGGAGCGUGCAGCAGAGGUGUUUUUUGAGACCUUCAAUGUACCAGCGCUCUUCAUCUCCAUGCAGGCAGUAUUAAGCUUAUAUGCCACAGGCCGGACAACAGGAGUGGUGCUGGAUGCUGGUGAUGGGGUAACCCAUGCUGUGCCCAUCUAUGAAGGCUUUGCCAUCCCUCACUCUAUCAUGCGGGUCGACAUUGCUGGCCGUGAUGUUUCACGCUACCUACGCCUGCUACUGCGCAAGGAAGGCUAUGACUUCCACACCUCAGCUGAGUUUGAGGUUGUGCGCACUAUAAAAGAGAGAGCAUGCUACCUGUCACUGAACCCACAAAAAGAUGAGACCUUGGAGACAGAGAAGGUGCAGUACACUCUUCCUGAUGGCAGCACAUUGGAUAUUGGCCCUGCUCGGUUCCGAGCCCCAGAGCUCCUCUUCCGUCCAGACCUGAUAGGGGACGAGAGUGAAGGAAUCCACGAAGUUCUUGCUUUUGCCAUUCAGAAGUCCGACAUGGACCUGCGACGUACACUCUUUUCCAACAUUGUUCUCUCUGGGGGCUCCACACUCCUCAAAGGUUUUGGUGACCGGUUGUUAAGUGAAGUAAAAAAGUUGGCACCUAAAGAUGUGAAAAUAAAGAUCUCUGCACCUCAAGAACGACUCUACUCCACGUGGAUAGGGGGCUCCAUCCUUGCGUCACUGGACACCUUCAAGAAGAUGUGGGUUUCAAAGAAGGAGUAUGAGGAAGACCGAGCACGUGCCAUCCAUCGGAAGACAUUCUGAAGAGACUGGUGGUGCUCUUAUUCUGCCCAAGAAAAGUCCACCAACUAGUCCACCACACCCCCUGAUGGGGAGAGCCCAUGGCUCCCUAUGGCAUGCCUUCUACGGACUCCCCUACACGCCAUAUGACGAGGAAACUGGCCAGGACUGGCGAAGUGUUGACCAGCAUUUACCAGAAAGACCCAGAACCUGUCCCAAUGACAAGGCUUUAAGUUGCAUCUCUUGAUAUUGUGGAUUUUUUGUUUUUUUGUUUAAACACAUUCAAGGCUAAGCUGCAUUGCUUGAUUCAAAUUCUGUAUUUAUUCUGCUGUGUGUUAUGCCCCAUAAAAUCCAUCACUUAAAUGACAAUGAAGGUGAAUGUUCUGCUUUACUUUGAUAGAUUCAAUUAAGACUUGUUUUUACCUUUGGGUGUGGUUACUGUGGCACAUUAAACAGUGUGCAAAGAUACCUUAAGAACUAGUUGAAGUUGUCUCCUUAUUUCCCACAGUCUGAAUGGAGACAGUUUAAAUGAAUUGUUAAAAUAUGACCCAGUGUACUGUAACUUACACCGACUCCAUUUAAAAGUGUUGCUUCAUAUUUAACUGUUGAAGAUGAGACACUGAUGGAUUAAAAAAAAUGUACAGAUGUUGCAAUUUCUGAGGAUAACUUUCCCUUAUUUCAAACCAAAGUGGAUCUAAAUUGUAUUAAAUAUUUGAUCGGUUCAUAAAUUUAACUCAACAUUGUAAGGGGACUAAUAAUAAAUCGAGUGGACCAUAUGAGUUAAAAGCACUGUCACAUUGGAGAAUAUUAUCCAAACUGGUAUGGUUUACUUCCUCUAAUUAGUCUAAACUUUUAAACUGCACCAAAACGUAUGCAGACAUGAUAAUGGGUUGGUUGUCAUGUUUUCUACUGGAUAUUUGCAAUCUAAACUGAAUUAGAAUUACUGACUUCAUUUUAUAUCAAAAUAGGUAUAUUUUUGUUUCAAGAGGAACCAUAUGACCAUAUCCUACUCAUAUAAUGACUCCUUCAAGCAAAUACUAACACUAAAAUUAACAGUAUUGCUGAAAGAAAAAUGUCUUUCAUUACAAUAAAUUUGUGUACUCUGCUGGGAAGUAUUUUUGUUGUGCUGAAUACAUUAGCAACUGAUAAUUUUCCACACCUUCAUCCACAGUACUACAGUCACUCACAGCUUUGCUGUGGUUGCUAGGAAACUCAGAAAGCGGAUAUGUAAGGCCUGUCUGCCAGUAGACAUCGCCCUCUUGUGGCUGUCCACUGUAGUACAUAAAAAGUCCACAAGUGGACUGUUUGGAAGUUGUAAACAUGCGUUGAUUGCAGUUGUGAUUCCACUGUGAUUAUUAUUAUUAAACCCUGCUGGUCAUCUAUGAACAUU